AAUAAACCCCUCUAUUAUGGAGGAUGUGUGUAUGUAAUGUGAGUGUUUGUAAUGUGAGUGUAUGCAAUGUGUACGGUGUGUACGUGCAGUUCAAAGUUCACGUUGGGAAGUCAGUGAAGCAACCAUCUCCUCCAAACGCCUUCCCACCAGGGAAGGUGUCAGCUGACCUGCAGCAGGUGUCGACGAAGUCUCUGAAGCAGCGCUUCGAGGAUCACGCGCAGAAGCCUCCGGCUCACGACAAAGCACCGGCCCCGGCGGCAAAGGUCACGGUCCAGAAGCCGGUGCCGUCGGAGGACGCUUCGUGUCCCGGCUGCCUCAAGACGGUGUACCUGGUGGACCGGCUGGUGAUCGACGGGCGCACCUACCACCGUCGCUGUUUCCGCUGCUCCCACUGCUCCAGCCAGCUCAGCCUGGGUAACUACGCGUCGCUGCAGGGCCGCGUCUACUGCGAGCCGCACUUCGAGCAGCUCUUCAAGACCAAGGGCAACUACGAGGACGGCUUCGGCAUCAAGGGGCACCGCGGCGCUCGCGGCUGGCAGGCCCCGGGCGGAGGGGCGGGAGGAGGUACGUCGCCCUCCGAUCCCACGGGGCCACAGGCCGACAGCACCGCAGCGUUCGCCACCGCCGCCGCCGCCGCGCUGGCGCGGGCCCCAACGGCCUCUCCCGGCGAGAGGCGCGCUGCCGCGGGAGAACCCGGCACGACCGCCGUCGCGGGGGGGGCGGCCGCCGCCGAGAGCGUGGGGAAGCUCAAGGUGCUGUGGCCGCCCCCGGACGGCGGCGGCGCGGCCAAGAGCGGCAGGUCGGCCGCCGUGGGCCCCGUCGCCGGCUCCGUCUCCUCGUCGCCCUUCGUCAAGGCGGUGAGCGAGGGAUCUUCUUCGGAGGGGGGGUGCCCUCCCUCCUUCCCGGCCGGGGCCCACGCGCCCGCCUCGCAGCACGUGCAGGCGGCCAGGGCGCUCUACGAGAGGGCGAGGUCCCCCGCGCCGGGGCCGCCAGGCGCCGCCAUCCGGCCGGCCAUCGCCACCGGUGCAGAGCGGCGGUCGCCCGGCUCCGAGGUGAAGAGGGUUCGCUUCUCCGACGCGGACGUCGCGCUGGAGUCUCCCGACCGCGACGGCGACUCCGACGGCAACGGGGACUCCGACGAUGAUGGCGGCGGCGGCGGCCGCCUCGACGAACGCGAAGGUUCCUUGCGCUCGGAAACCAACGACGACGAAGAGGUCUUCCUCGCCGCGUCGGCAGAACUGGAGGAGAAGCCGGAGGAGGCUUGGGAAGACGGCGGCGCAGGAGAUGUCUGGCGGAGCGAGGAGACCCUCGCCGGGCCCGCGCGCGGCCACGCGGCCGCGUGGCUGCCGUCGACCGAGCCGGCGUGGGAGGCCUCGGACGCCGCGGAGCCGACGGGUCCGACAGCGGCACCGAGGGGCGCGGGCAGGGACGGAGAGGAGCGCGACCGAGCGGCAGCGGCAGCGGCUGACGACGACGGCGAUGCGGUCGCUCCAAAGCCGAGUCCCGGACACGCCGAGAACCGCAACGCGGAAAAGGAGCCCGCGGCGAGGGGCAAGCGCGGCCCCCUGGCUAAAUUGCGGUCGCCGCUCGCCAAGCUGUUUGGCAGAGGCGGCAAAGAGAAGUCGGGCGGCAAUGAGCAGGCAGAACAGAAGCCGGUUCCUCUGCCGGAACAGCAUUCGGCUCGGAGCCGCUCGGCGGGAGAGGGAGACGGGAAGGAAGUAGGGAGCGACGCCGGGGGUGGCCGUGCGGAUGCGGACAUCGAGUUGACUGGUGCGGGGAGCAGCGAUGGCGGUGGCGACGGUGGCAGUGGCGCUGUGCCGGCAGAGGCGAGCGCGCACGAGCCAGAGGACGCGGGCAGGAACGAUGAGAUCGGCACGGAAGGUCAAAGAGGGGUCCCGCGAGAGGUCGAGCUGCCUGGGCCCGGGCCAGCAGGGGCAGCCGAGACAGAACACGUGCAGGGCGCUGGGUCAAGUCUGUGGGGAGACCCUGGAGAGCCAGAAGACCGAGAAGAAUCAAGAUACCAAGAAGAACCAGGAGACCAAGAAGAACCAGGAGACCAAGAAGGACCAGAAUACCCAGAAGAACCAAGAUACCAAGAAGAACCAGGAGACCAAGAAGAACCAGGACACCAAUUAGAACCAAGAUACCAAGAAGAACCAGGACACCAAUUAGAACCAAGAUACCAAGAAGAACCAGAAUACCCAGAAGAACCAAGAUACCAAGAAGAACCAGGAGACCAAUUAGAACCAGAAUACCAAGAAGAACCAGAAUACCCAGAAGAACCAAGAUACCCAGAAGAACCAGGAGACCAAUUAGAACCAGAAUACCAAGAAGAACCAAAAUACCCAGAAGAACCAAGAUACCCAGAAGAACCAGGAGACCAAUUAGAACCAGAAUACCAAGAAGAACCAAAAUACCCAGAAGAACCAGGAUAUCAAGAAGAACCAGGAGACCAAUUAGAACCAAGAUACCAAGAAGAACCAGAAUACCCAGAAGAACGAGGAGACCGAGACGAAGCAGGAGAAUCAUGGAAGACGACCGCUUGCAGCGAGGAGUUUGCAGACGCCGCCGAGGGUCUGUCCUUCGCGUCAGACCCCUUCGACGGCGUCUCCCCGUUCGCCGCGGCCGGCUCGACGUUCGCCGCGGCCGAGUCCGGCGUGCCCGGGGAGCCGCUCGCGGCCGACGCGUCCCGCGGCUCGCAGCCGGCGGCGGCGGCGACGAACGGAGGGCCGCCCGGCGCGGCGGCGCCGGCAUGGCUCGUGGACGGCGACCCCUUCGACCCCGACGCGAGCGGCUUCGGCCUCGACGGCGCCGGAACGUCCGACGCGAGCUUCCUCUCGGACGGCGUCCUCGAGUUUAGCCGUGGGUCCCCAUCGGCGGUCGAACCGGGCCCCGCGGACGCGACGUUCGCGGGCCUCGCGGGCGCACGCAUGAGCGGCCCCGACGACGCCGUCGAUUUCUUGGACGCCGCUGACGGCCGCCGCGUCCUCGAGACGUCGUCCACGUUCGGCCUCGCGGUGUCCGGCCCGCAGAACCCCUUCUCCGAGGACCUUUUCGGAAUGACCGAUUGGUCGGUCAGCAGCGACGCCAUCUUCGUGCAGAACACGUCGCCUCACGUGGCAGGCGGUGGUGGUGAUGGUGGUCAUAUGUCACUCAUCGAUGAUUUUUUCAUGGGAGCGGCCGACGCUUCCAUCGCCGGCGCUGGUGGCAACAGCUCUGCCGGCGACGCCUUCACCGAUGACAUAUUCGGCAUGGGACUCCCCGCCCCGGCCGCCGCCGUGGCCUCGCCGACCUCACCGACCCAGGCCAACGGGCAGCAGUGGAGCGACGACCUCCUGGGAUGA